GCCAGAUCUCGGGUUGGGAGGACUAGCGGUCGGAUCUGUUGGAAGACGCGCUGUGAGCAGAGCCUAUGGUACAGAAAGGAGCUUCCGAACUGCGAUAGACUCGCAUCCCACGCCUGACUGCGGCUUUCUUCAUAAGGAUUAUACAUAUUUUAUUCGCUUUUCGGGGGACAGUCUUCCUAUCAAUAUUAUUACUAUCGUCGUCGUAAUUUCCGAAAGAAGCCAUGAACAUUUAAUUUCUUCCCCCUCCCCGACUUGAAUCAGAUAAAUGCAUUCCCAACAAUUUCCGUGAGAAGUGGGUCAUGAUCACAUCGCCCUCGAUCUCUGCUCUACGAAAUAGUAAUUACACUAAAGCAGCCUGGGCAAACAGCGGCUCUGGGAAUAAUAGCAGCGCCGCGGCUCACAUCAACAAACCCUUUCUGCACUCCGUUCCUCCUUCGGACCCUCUAAGGCAAGCUAACCGUCUCCCAAUCAAGGUCCUGAAAAUGCUGACGGCGCGUACGGGACACAUUUUGCACCCCGAAUACCUUCAGCCCCUGCCGUCCACACCAGUUAGUCCAAUUGAGCUAGAUGCCAAGAAAAGUCCACUGGCCCUCCUGGCACAGACCUGCUCGCAAAUCGGUAAGCCGGACCCGCCUCCUUCCUCCAAGCUCUCCUCCGUAACCUCGAAUGGAUCUAGCGACAAAGAGUCCAAAUCGGGCCCUUUGAAACUGAGCGAUAUUGGAGUGGAAGACAAAUCGAGUUUCAAACCCUACUCCAAACCGUCAGAGAAGAAGGAUCCAGGCUCCGGGACUUCCAGUGGAGAGAAGUCUGGUUUCCGUGUGCCUAGCGCCACCUGCCAGCCGUUCACUCCAAGGACAGGCAGCCCGAACUCCAGCACCUCGGCGUCUCCGCUGCCGUCGGAGGGCAAGUCUGGAGAGAGCCAGGACAAGAAAGAGUCUGACACGAGUAAAAACGGCACGACCGAGGGCUCUGGCACCACCAGCAUCAGCCAUAGCAGGAUAAGCGUGAGCUGUGCGGGAAUUAACGUGGAGGUCAACCAGCACCAGGAGACGACGUCGGGCUCGAAACCCAUCACUUCCGACUCCUCGUCAGUUUCCACGGCUUCGUCGGCGUCCGUUCUCGGGUCUGGACUUGUGGCUCCCGUUUCGCCCUACAAGCCCGGCCAGACUGUUUUCCCCCUGCCACCUGCUGGCAUGACCUACCCUGGGACCUUAGCCGGGGCCUAUGCUGGCUAUCCGCCCCAGUUCCUGCCCCACGGAGUGACUUUAGACCCGACGAAGUCCAGCAGCCUGGUCAAUGCACAGCUCGCCGCCGCGAGCUCGCUGGGCUGCAGCAAGGCCGGCUCGAGCCCUUUAGCGGGAGCCUCGCCGCCGUCCAUAAUGUCCGCUAGCCUUUGCAGAGACCCUUACUGCUUAAGCUACCACUGCGCAAGCCACUUGGCUGGGGCGGCCAGUGCCUCGUGUACGCACGACUCGGCGGCGGCGGCGGCUCUCAAAUCCGGAUACCCACUCGUGUACCCCACGCACCCGUUGCACAGCGUCCACUCCUCGCCACCCUCUUUUGCGGGACACCCUUUGUACCCUUAUGGUUUCAUGCUGCCGAACGACCCCCUGCCGCAUGUCUGUAACUGGGUGUCGGCCAACGGACCUUGUGACAAGCGCUUUUCCUCCUCGGAAGAGCUUCUCAACCACUUGCGGACCCACACAGCUUUCACGGGAACUGACAAAUUAAUCUCCGGUUACCCCAGCUCGUCGUCGCUGGUUGGCGCCGCGGCCGCGGCCAUGGCGUGCCACAUGCACAUGCCCCCCGCGGGAGCCCCCGGGAGCCCAGGCACGCUGGCACUCAGGAGCCCGCACCAUGCUUUAGGACUCAGCAGUCGGUACCACCCUUAUUCAAAGAGCCCCUUGCCAACUCCAGGCGCCCCGGUUCCGGUUCCUGCAGCUACUGGACCCUACUACUCGCCUUAUGCACUGUAUGGACAGAGACUGACCACAGCGUCAGCGUUGGGAUACCAGUAAAACGGACUAACGUUAAUCAAUUUCUAGAACACAACGCAAAUAGAAUGACUUUUAUAUUAACAGUCCACUUAAGGACCGGAUCCGUGGACUCACUGUAUUUAUUUGUUAGCUUCAAGCGGGACAGUAAUAAAAUAUAUGAAUUAAAAAAAAAACCCAACAAAUUCAGAAGUGCAUUACUUUCAAACUGAGCUCUAUAAAUACCCACGGUAGAAUACUAAUGAAAAUAGGGGGUUUUCUUUUCGAUGUUUAUUUGAAAUUGCUAUGAUUGUAUUGUACGUUCUUAUUUAAUGUCUCCUUGAAAGAAAAGAAUUUACAUGCAUGUUUGUUACUAAAAUCCCAACUUGUCCUUAUAAUUUUAAAUUGCAAUUAUUUUUAAGGUGUAUACCAUGGAAAGAGAAUUGGUAUUUUUUGUAUGUAUUCUGGAAAAAAUAAGAAACAAUUCUAUUCCAAAAA